AUGGCGCGAGAGCAACAAUACCAGCUCGAAGACCAGGAGAACCUCCUGCCCAAGAAACAGGUCAUCAUCGUCUUCUCGGCACUAGCAUGCAUAUUGCUCGUCACCUUCAUCGACCAGAACUCGGUGGGCGUCAUGCUACCGACCAUCGGGGGCGAUCUGCACGCCGAGAACACCAUCUCCUGGGCGGCCACGGCGAACCUGAUAGCCAACACCACCUUCCAGGUCCUGUACGGCAGGUUGAGCGACAUCUUUGGCAGAAAGGGCGUGCUGUUGACCGCCAUUGUGCUCCUCGCCGCCGGGGAUUUGGGGUGCGGCUUCGCCCAGAACGGGCCGCAGUUAUACGCGCUUCGAGGACUAAGCGGAGUGGGCAGCGCCGGCAUCACGGCCCUGUCGAUGAUGACCACGAGUGAUAUCGUCACUUUGAGGGAACGAGGAAGGUAUCAAGGGAUCUUGGGAUCUUGCAUCGGCGCAGGGAACAUCAUCGGCCCGUUCAUCGCAGCGGCCUUCACUGAGACGGCGACAUGGCGGGCCAUGUUCUGGUUUGUAUCUCCUCUGGCCAUCCUGGCCGGCGGGAUCGUUCUCGUGGUCCUUCCGCAAAAGACACCCGGUGGCAGUUUUAUGUCCAAGGUUAGCAAGAUAGACUUUAUCGGGUCCGUCUUGAGCACCGCCGGCAUGAUAUUGGUCUUGAUCCCGGUUUCCGGCGGAGGAACCUACUUUGAAUGGCGCAGCGUCAUGGUCAUAGUCAUGUUCGUGCUGGGGGGACUGUGCAUGAUCGCCUUCGUGCUCGUCGAGUGGAAAGUCGCACAGUUGCCUACGAUGCCUAUCCGCCUCUUCAAGAACCGCGCCGUGUGCGUGAUCUUGGUCCAGAACUUCCUCUUCGGCUCCGUCUACUACAGCAUUCUCUACUACGUCCCCCUCGCACUACAGAACGUGCGCGGCCUGAGUCCUCUGGCCUCCGCAGGCGUCAUCGUCUGCCUGGUCUUCGCUCAGAGCAUCUCCUCCGUGGCAUCGGGCCAAUACAUUUCCAGACGCGGUCGGUACGGCGAAGUCCUCUGGUUCGGCUACGGCGUCUGGACCGUGGGCGCGGCCUUGUUCUGCAUGUUCACCCGCUCUCUACCCAUCGCGGCCAUGGCUGUCUUCCUGCUCAUCGAGGGCGUGGGGGUCGGGUGCUGUUUCCAGCCGACCCUCGUCGCUUCUCAAGCACAUUGCGUCAAAGCAGAUCGAGCCGUCGUCAUCAGCGCGCGGAACUUUUGCAGAACCUUCGGAGCGGCCACCGGCCUGGCGAUCUGUGCCGCCAUCUACUCCAACGUGUUGCAGGCAGAUCUCCCCGCGUCUUUACCCGAGUCCUUUCGGCAGACGGUCACAAGCUCGAUAUUCAAAACGCCAAACCUCAGCGUCCUCAACCACGAGCAACGAGACGGCGUGCUGGACGCCUAUGCCCAUGCCGCCAGAGCCGUCUUCAUCCUCUGGGCGCCCGUGAUGUUUGUGUGUUUUCUUAGCAUGGUCUUUGUGGAGGAUAAGGGCUUGGAACGACCCGACGAGAAGAAAUCCGAUCCGGUCCAAGUGCAGGCUGAUCCUGUUUUAGAGGACAGCGUAGUGACAGUCUCGCCUGACGACGUACAAGAUUCCGCUUCACAUCACGAGAAGAAAGACGUCGGAAUCGGCCGAGUUGAAGCUUCCAACCUUGACGAAACACAUGGUAAAGGUGGAAAUCGAGAAGAAGUUUAG